GUUUUAUUACCUACAGUACACAGAGGCAAGAAAGAGGGGAGCAAGAAAUAGAGAUUGAGAAGGAAGAAAGAAGAAUCAGGGUGGGGCUUGAUAGUGGGAGAACACGGACAACUGAAUUAUAGUUAGACAAAAAUGUGAAAGAGAGAAAUUAAGGAAAAGAGGGAGGAGCUGUUAGGUAGGAAGAAAGAGACAACCAGAUGCAAAAGGGAGGGGCAGAGACAGGCUUCAGUAUUUGUGUUUAUCUUCGGCAUAAAAGCAGGACAGAGAAGGGAGUAAAAGUUGGUUACAUUCCUACAGUAAACCUUUUCAUAGUUCCAUAGUUUUUUUUUCUCUACUUCAUUUACAUGAUUUGGUUUUUUGGGGAACAUACAUUCGAAAGCAUUUAUCAACAACAUGGAUAACUUCCAGACCGUCCUGCGCUUCUUCAUGAACCAGAAAGCCACCAUUGGUUAUAGCUUCAUGGCCCUCCUGACUAUUGGAGGAGAACGGAUCUUCACUUUGUUCUCCUUUCAGUGCCCCUGCAAUCCCGACCAGAACUUUGCCUAUGGCAUACUCUUCCUGCUUGGCCCGGGGCUAGUACUCCUGGUGUUGGGUCUCUUUUUCAGCAACAAGCUGUGGCGUCUCUACACUGGCUGCUGUCUCAACCCCAUGAAGUUAUGUCCCAGGGGCAAUGUUUUUCACUGCCUGAAAGUCUUGGUCAAUAUCUUCUCUGGUGCCUGUGUGGCUCCUAUUAUGUGGCUGUGUGUGGCACUGUUGAACGGGACCUUCUAUGAGUGUGCAGUCAGUGGAUUGGAGGAUACAUUUGUCGUGGAUAUGUUCUGUAAAAACAAGACCUUGAAAUGCAGUGCCGAACUGGCCCAUGUGCCCUGCGGCAAAUCCAACCUGUCCAGUGAUGAAAGCCAGGAGCUGUUGCGCAUGUUCAAGGCUCAGUCACAGAUCCUGGGCUGGUGUAUCAUCAUCAUUUCAGUCACAAUAGGUCUCCUUGGGACCUGCUAUACCAACUGCCGCUCACAGGUCAGUUACCUGCAGCUCACCUUUUGGAAGCGUUACAUAGAAAAGGAGAAUGAGCAGUUUGAUACCUUCACUCUGGAGUAUGCCUCCAAGUUGGCUGAGAGGAACAUUAAGAGCUUCUUUGAGAAUCGUGAACCUGAGAAAUUCCCAUUUCCAAACCAUAAAUCCUGGGAGGAGAUUUCUGCACUCUACAGCUUCACUAAGAGUGAGCAGUACUACAGCACCCUGCAUAGGUAUGUUGAACGUGAUGGCCGAGACUACAGCCCUGAGAGGCGACCAUUCAAGAUGGACUUGGAGCAUGUAUAAAGAUGAACUGAGAGUGGGGAAUUGAAUGGCUAUGAGAAGUUUACAAAGAUUAAACAAAUACCCU